AUGUCAACGUCAACGGUGUAUGAUGUAAAGACCACGAUCGAAGAGAUCGGGACGAUACCGAGCCAGAGCCGCGUUGAAAUCGAAGUACUACAAGAUGGCGAAGAAAGAGAAAACAGAGCUGGCAGUGGAGACGAAGAAGGGGAUGAGCACAACAAAGAGACGGCAUCACCGGGUGAACCCACAUUGCAGCAGCCCAAUCAUCUGCACGGCAUCCGCCUCGUCUUUGUCUUUGUGGGCAUGGUCCUUGCCGUCUUCCUUGUCGCCCUCGACCAGACGCUUCUCUCCGUCGCCCAGACGGCUAUUGCAACGGAUCUCAAAGCCCUCACCGAUAUUAGCUGGGUGAUUACGUCGUUCUUUUGCACCCAGGCUGCGUUCAUGCUUGUCUACGGUCAGCUUCUUACCUUGUGGCCCUCCAAAUGGCUCUUUCUCAGCGCCGUCGUGCUGUUCGAGGUUGGCUCGCUGAUUUCGGCCGUAGCACCCUUGAUGGACGUCCUCAUCUUUGGCAGGGCACUCUCGGGUGUUGGUGCUGCCGGCAUUUUCAUCUGUUGUCUCACCAUUCUGGCCGAGACAACGUCUAUCCGGCAGCGACCAAUGCUCUUUGGCAUUCUUGGCGCCACUUUUGCCCUCUCGAGCGUCAUUGGACCCCUGAUUGGCGGUGCACUGACUGACUCGAUCGGAUGGCGUUGGUGCUUCUACAUCAACUUGCCCGUGGGCGGAGUGACAGUCAUUGCUAUCGUCUUUCUGCUCCGCGCAACACCGCCUUUGGGCAAGCAGCACGGCGCCAGAGCGACGACAUGGCUCGAAAAGAUCUGCUCCAUCGACAUCAUCGGGGCGGCCCUUUCCCUGGCUUUCACCAUCUGCCUGAUUCUUCCCCUCCAGUGGGCAAACGUGACCUACCCUUGGAACAGUCCAAAGAUUAUCGGGCUUUUCUGCACUGCCCUCGCGAUCCUUAUUGUAUUCAUCGGCUGGCAGUGGUUCCUCAAGGAAAAGGCCCUCGUUCCGCUGCAUCUGUUCGGCAACAAAACUGUCGUUGGCUCGUCCGUCGUAACUUUCUUUUGCUUUUGGAAUCUUCUCGUCUUCACCUACUACAUUCCCUACUUCUACGAGAAUGUGCGAGGCAAGAGCUCGGCCAUGUCGGGUGUCGCACUGCUCCCCAUGAUGAUCGCACUCGUGGCCAUGACGAUGGGUGGCGGCUUCAUCAUCACCAUGACUGGACAUUACUGGCCAUGGAUGGUCGCUGCGCCUUUCUUCCUCGCUGUUGGUAGCGGGUUGAUGUAUAUGGUACGAUAUGACUCGCACAACUCCUUCGUCAUUGGCGCACAAAUCCUUGUCGGCCUCGGUGUUGGCCCUCUUUUGCAGACGCCCAUCAUAGCCACACAGGCAACAUCCGACGUUCGCAACAUUGCCAAGUGUACCAGCAUCGUCAGCUAUCUCCAGCGUCUUGGCGGUGCAUUGGGUGUAGGCGUGGCGAGCGCCAUCUUCGACACGGAGCUGCAGCUGCAGCUAGCUCACCGCGCCCCCGCUGUCGAUGCUCAUGCCGUCCAGCAGAAUGCUACGGUGCUCCUUGACCUCCCCGCCGGUCCCGCGCGCGACGGUGCUCUCGCUGCGUACACUUACACGCUCAACUACAUCUACAUCAUGGGCGCACCCACAGCGUUUUUUGUCCUUCUAGCGGUCGUCUUCUUUGUCAGCCACAAGUCUCUCAAGUCCCGUUCGCGAAGUUGA